GCCCCUCCCGAGCCAUAUGGUCCGAAGGAAGACCAGAUAGCAACUCAUUUGACUUGCAUUUAAUUUCCUCCUGGUUGCUUACAAAAGCCGUUUGCCCUCACGCCGACCCGCCCGCCAAAAAGCUCAAGAUAGGAGAAGGGAGGAGCCCCCCUCCAAUUCCCGGGUGCCCACCGAUCCCCAAAAAUCUUCCCCCGCCGGAUAUUCCAACCCCACGCCGCCGAGCCCGUGCUCCGGCGAGCCGCGCCGCGGACGCCGCCGGCCUCAUCCGAAAUGGCCCCGCCCGCCCCGGCCGGCGCGCGCGAGCUCGCCGCCCCCGCCGCGCCCGCGCUGCCCCCUCUGCAUGAUCGGGACGUCGCCAAGCGCGGGCGCCCCGGGCCCCGGGCCCAGGGAGCCGGCGCGCGCGUCCUGUCCCUCGGCGUGCGGGCGGCGGUGAUGGCGGCCGCGGUCGCGAUCUUCCUCCUCUUCGCCGCCGCGUCCGCCGUGCUCCUCCUCGUCCUCGUCGUCGCCGCGCGCGCCUUCCGCCACCACCGCGGCAGCCGCUACCGCGUCCCGCCGCGCGGCCCGCCGUCGCCGCCGCUCCGCGCGGGGCUCUCGCCCGCCGACCUCCGCCGCCUCCCGACCUUCGCCUUCCCCUCCCCGCCGCGCGACGGCGACGGGGCCCCAUCCCAGUGCGCCGUGUGCCUCGAGGCCGCGUGCGCCGGGGAGCGGUGGCGCGCGAUGCCGGCCUGCCGGCACGCGUUCCACGCCGCCUGCGUCGACCGGUGGCUCGCCAGGUCGCCCGCCUGCCCCGUCUGCCGCGUCGCCGUCGCCGUCUCGGCGAGAUGAUGCCGCGAUCCUGCCCACGCGUGGGCAAUACACCAUACAGUCUUCUUCAGACAUAACCAUCAACGAUGAAGGCUUGCAGCCUUAGGGAAAGUGGAGAGCAACUCCCAGCUGCAGUGGGCAACUGGGCUACUGUUGGCUGUUGCUGUUGCAGCCACCAUGGAGGCCCCUUCCCUGCAACUUCAUUGUCUGAACUCUGAAACCCGAACGACUACCGAUUGGUUGUUAGCAUUUGUGGAGGUUGCUGAUCCAAGUCUCGGGCGAUAAUGAUUGUGUGAUUUGCCAAUAAUUUCCCUCUUACUCA